AUGAGAAAGCAUAACGUGAAGCUCAGGUCAUUUUGGAAGGCGAAAGCUUUUAUUUCCAUAUUCGACCGUGAAGCGAAUUCAAAACGAAGUUGUGGAUAUGCCGAUUCAAUAUUGGCUAGCACCAGUUGUGUCAUUCGAGCUUCAGAAUACACAGAUUCGCGGCUAGAUCUACCAAUAACUCUGAAAUCCUUCAAGUUUCAUUCUUUUGUGAAAGUAUCUACUGUCCCUUCCACUGAUAGUAAUGCCGAUCAAUUUCUCUUCUCGUUCUAUCUCAAGCAUAUGAAUCUACAAUAUGAAACGUGGGGUGCUAGCAAGAUUACUGCAGUGAAGGUCACGGGUCCAAUUGAAACCGAAAGUUCCCCUAAUGCAAUGUUCAAGGUUGUGAGAGGUUCUGCUAGUCAGGUUCAUGAAUUCACUCUCGCAGACCUUCCUUGCCUCAAUCCCUAUGACUGGAUCAUGCUUUACAAUUUACUUCUAAGAGAUGGACAGAAGUAUGAGGCCAUUAUUGCUCACCUCAAAUUGAUGAUAGUUUCGUAUGUUCAAGAGGUAGGAAAAAUGGAUGUGGAAAUUGUUGGCUUACUACGAAGGAAGCUAUCUGUUCUCCCCAAAGAAGCCCUAGAAGGUUUUGAUAAGUUGAAGUCUGGGAAAAUAUACAAGGAAGGAUGGUAUGUGGUCUUUCAGGCAUGA